GCGUGUGAAAGGAUAGCCGAUAGCCCUUGAGUCCUUGACAGUCCUUGCUUGACUAAUAUUAUUAAUCUGUCUGUCUGUCUUUCAAAAUUAUUGAAAAUUAACGUUUUGCCGUUAUAUUUAAUGAGUUUCUAGGAGAGAUAUCAAAUAUAGAAAUGCAGCAAGCCGACAUUCUAAUUCAAGAAAUAGAAGGGAUCGAUGAUUAUUUAGGACCAACCUUCAGAGCAAUAUACGAUGGAGAAGAACAUCAUAAAUUUAUGGAAAAGCUGGACGAACGAAUCAAAAGUCAUGACAGAGAUAUUGAACGAAUGUGUAAUCAUCACUAUCAAGGAUUCAUUGACUCGAUCCGAGAGUUGCUACAAGUUCGAUCUCAAGCUCAACAACUAAGUAGCGAAAUAUUAGAACUCGAUAAACGUAUUAUUCUUACAACGACUGGAGUGAUUGAAAAGCGAGAGGAACUUGUAAAAGCAAGAAAAGUUGAGAGUAACAUGGCUGCGGCAGUAGAUAGUCUCACAAUGUGCCUUCCCGUUUUAGCUGCUUAUGCCAAAUUACAACGUCAAUUAAAAGAUAAACGUUAUUAUCCUGCACUAAAAACGCUUGAACAAUUAGAGAACAACGAUUUACCAAAAGUCACCAAUUACAGGUUCUCCUCACAAAUCACUCAACAAAUUCCAGUAUUGCGAGAAAACAUAAAAGACGCGUCAAUGAGUGAUUUGCGAGACUUUUUGGAAAACAUUCGGAAAUAUUCACCGAAAAUUGGAGAAGUUGCCAUGAGACAUACUGCAGAGCAACUGGAGAAUGAGGCCGAAAUUAUUGGACGUAGAAAAAAAAGAUUACACUCAACACCUUCAAUCGAAGGAGAUGAAGAAUUAAGCGCACAAGAUCUCAUGGAUUUCAGUCCAGUUUAUCGGUGCAUGCACAUCUAUACUGUUUUACGUGAGGGUGAAACUUUUAAAGCCUAUUAUAGACAACAAAGGCAACAGCAAGCGAGGCUCGUUUUACAGCCACCAAUCAAUAUGCACGAAAGCAUAAAAGGAUAUCAGUCGUAUGUUUAUGGAAUUCUUGGAUUUUUCGUUGUGGAAGAUCAUAUUCUUAAUACUGGCAAUGGAUUGGCGAAUCGAUCAUAUUUAGAGGAACUUUGGUCGAUGGCUCUGUCAAAAAUCGUCAACGCACUACGAACACAUUCUGCAUACUGCACUGAUGCUACACUAAUACUGAAAAUUAAGAAUCUCAUAAUGCUUUUCAACACGACAUUAAGAAAUUACGGCUAUUCUGUUGGUCAACUUUGGGAUUUACUUCAAGAGAUUCGAGUUCAUUACAAUGAAGUUUUAAUGCAACACUGGGUUCAAGUCUUUAGAGACAUUCUCGAGGAAGACAAUUUUCUGCCAAUUCAGGUUUCCUCGCAAGAAGAAUGCGACAAUGUACUCGGCUCAUUUCCCUAUCGAAAUAAAGAAUUACAGACGUCGGAAUUUCCAAAAGUAUUUCCCUUUUCACCAAUGGUACCUAAAGUCUAUCAACAAGUUAAGGAAUUUAUUUACGCCUGUUUAAAGUUUUCCGAAGACUUGAAUUUGACACAAACGGAAAUUGACGAAAUGAUUUGUAAAUCUACUAAUUUACUGUUAACACGUACAUUCAGUGGAUGUUUGUCUUCGUUAUUCCGGAAACCGUCACUUGCAUUACUUCAAGUCGUGCAGAUUAUUAUAAAUACAGGAUGGUUGGAAGGAUCCACAAAAUACUUGGAAGAGUUUCUCUCCAACAUUACUGGAACUCCGCACGAAGGACAAUUAAGCAGUGGAGGUGUCAAGUCGACUAUGUUUAGAGUAGCACGAGAUGAUGCGGAGAAACAAAUAUGUGUGAAGCUUAAGCAAAAAUUAAAUGAGUUUCUUGAAUUAGAAAACUAUGAUUGGACUUUAGUAGAGUCCCAAGGGCACGCCUCGGGCUUCAUUACAGACCUAAUUGCUUUUUUGCACAGUACCUUCAAGUGCUUCACAGAUUUACCUCAAGAAGUGGCGCAAGUGGCUUGUAAAGCAGCUUGUGCUCAUAUAGCGAAGUCCAUUCUUGAUAUUUUAGUCAGUGAGGAUAUAAAACAAAUCUCAUUGGGUGCUUUACAUCAAGUAAAUUUAGACACAAUACAGUGCGAACAAUUUGCUGCUUCUGAUCCAGUGAAAGGUCUACCUGAAGGUGCUUUACUAGAGAAUUUUGCACAAUUGCGACAGUUGUUAGACCUUUUCACAAACUGGGAUUGGCCCACGUAUUUUCACGAUUAUGGAAGUGAAUCGAGUAAAUAUAGUCUCGUUACGCCAAAUAUGGCUGUCGUUCUGUUGGAGAAACUCAGAGAAUCGGAUAAGAAAACGGUAUUUAUUGUACUGAAGAAGAGCGAACGAGAGAAAAAGAAACUUUUAGAGACUGUCUUGAAACAAUUACGCCAAUUAGCUCAAGCAACACAACAAUAAUUAUAACCAGUUAGUUAUAAUUAAAUAAAGUGGUUAAACAUUUAAUGUUUGUAGUGAUGAAAAUUGUAAAUAUGUAUAAUAAAAUGUACAUAUCGAUAGGUUAAUGUGUAAAUAACUAGUAUUGUCAAAUAAAAUCUUUAAGUAUUUAAGUAAAGAAUGAAAUAUUAUUUUCCAAAUGACAUGAAGAAAAGAAAUGUUUCUUUUCUCUAAGAAACAGUUGAAUUUCUUUAUUACAAAUAUCAUUGUGUUUUUCUGUUUUAAUUUGAGGGAAUAUAAAUUACAUCAAUUGAUGAUGAUAUGAGCAGAUGAAUCGACGACAAUAAAUGUAACUCACGUCAUAUUAUGUUCUAUUGAUUCUUAUUUAUAUUAAAAAAAAUCCAUCAACUGUAUUCACAACACAAGCAGCGAAUAGAUAAUUAUUCUCCAGGUUUCUCUGUCGGUAAUAUGUAUAAUGUAAUUAGCUCUAGAAAAAGUUGCAUAUUUUGGCGUUGGAUUAUUUUACAUUUACAUAAUUAUGUAAAGUUAACUUGUAUAUAAUAUACAGUGCUCAUUUUCUAAAGUGCUGUACAUCGCGUAAAAAUGUAUUCCCUCGUCACCAUUUCGACGGACCACAUAAUUGGAAAAUUCUUAAAAUAAAAUUAAAAAAAAACAAACAAAACCUUUGUUUUAAACAAUAAUUAUUAACUGACGCAUAUUGAUAAAAAACAAUAUGGAAAGAUAGAU